UGUUAACCUGUCCAUUAACAUUAGAUGUUUUAGCAUGUUUAGGUGAAGGACUUUAACAAGCUUCUUCAUAUUGUUAAUUCUACAUUUUGAAGAGGAUUGAUAAGCAGGUACAUGUACAAUUUUUUAACAUACAGAAAGCAUGUAUUAUAGAUUGAAGAAGGAAAUAUAGCAAAAGACAAAUAUUUACAUGCCUGAAGAGCCCAGAAAGAGACUUCGAAAAACUUAUCAUAAAAUGAGUAUCUAAGUGAUAUAAUCAUGGAAUUAGGAUUUUCACAUGGCCCCUUGGCAGGGUCACUACCUAGUUGUAGAAUCAAAUGUAAUGGUGCACGUAUCCAGGUUGGCAGUCGUGACUUCACAUCUGCAACUGAGGCUCUCCAGGCUUACCUGGACCAAUAUUCAGGUCUGACCAGUCGUAUGUCUGUGCCUUAUAAACGUGAUGUAUCAGACCUGCUUGACCCUAAAUCUAUACUACACAUGACAGCAGACCGGUCACUUCAGACUGGUGUUAGGGACACUGAGAUUGAAAUGAAACUAGCUGAUGUAAAGACAAGUAUGAACAGUAAUUAUGAUAGAAUGGAGAAAUCUUCUAAACUAAGGAGAGAAGGCUUCACCCAUCAGAUAGCUGAGGAUGCAUUAAACAGAUCUGGUGACCUAUUAAUUCAGAUUCAACAUGACGAGCUCCGUAAACCUCAAAGUGAUAUUGAUAGUGUUUCUACAGAUAUGUUGAUGACAAUGAACCCAACAGCUGGGUACUCAGAACGUAAACAUAUUUACUCUUAUAAAAGACCCAAAUCUCAACAGAGGACUGUUGGAAUUAUAGAUCCUUUAACUAACAGGUCAGACAAUGCCAAUGAUUUCUUCAUUAAGAGACCGCCAAGUAGUUUUAAUACUAGAGCUGGUUCUAUUCCAUUACGUGAACGAAGUCGAUCAGUGUCACCGUCAUCAACUAGACAAAGUGAAAAACUUUUCAAGAAACCACAGAAAUGGAUCAAAGAUCCUAAUGUUACAGACACUAAAUCGCCAAGUUGGAUAGAUGCUUUGGAUAUUACGGACCCUGCUGAUUCUAUGUGGUCUAAACGGGACCUGAGGUCUGGUAGACCUCCACCAAGCUGGGUUAAUGGACUAGAAGGCUCUGAUAUAACAAGUUUAGUUUCACAACCUGUCUAUGGUGUUGGUGUUUCUGAACUCUUAGGUAAUGACUCAUUUAAAGAUACCUCAGCUCAGGGACUGAGAUACGAUGACCUGAUGAAAUCUCCUCGAAAAUCAAGACGUGGAAAAGAUAAAUAUGACCUAACUAGCCAACUUCCUAAAGAAGUAAUGGAGAGUGGUAAGAAACUAAACAGCAGUGAUAUUUUAGAACAAUAUUUAGAUAAUGCAAGUGAUAAAAGGUCAGACUCCAUUUUGGAUUCUUUAAAGGGAGAUAAUCGAGUACCAAGGUGUUCCAGUUUAGAUACAGAAGCAUUGAUAGCAGGAAUGUCAGCACCAGCACACCAUGAGAUUGCAGGGGCAAGUCCUAUAACUGGAACCCCAAUUAGAUCUAGACGACCACUAAGUCCAGAUACAGAUAUAGUUCUGGAAGGUGAUAGACCUUGGGAAAAACAAGUGGCAUUUAAAUCACCUGUUUAUGUAGAUGAAGAUACAAGUGAUUCUGAUGUAAAGGCCCCAACUUACACAGGGAGGCAUCAACCCGGUAGCUUAGAGACACUAAAGAACAUGUUAUAUAAACUUCAGUCAGAAGAAUCUAGUGGCUCUAGAGAAAAGCUACUAGCAGCACAGGAACAACUAAACCUGUCUAAUGAAGAACUAGAAGAUGCAUUAAGAGAUUAUAACUUCGAUGAUGAACCAGGUGGCAAGUCUUUAGAGAAGGCCUUGUCACAUUUGACAAAAUUAAAGACACUUGUGAAAGACGGGAAAACUAUGAGAAGUAGGUCACAGUCACCUCAUGUUAGACUACAGAGUAGGUCACCGUCACCUCAUCAUAGACUGUCGUCAAUAUCACCCUCCCGUAUUCCACUGACAUGAUAGAUGGAGCAGAUCAUCAUUCCACCAAUUCAGACAUUUGUACACAACACAAGAAAAAAAACAUAACAAAUAUCAAUUAUUAGCUUAUGUUUAUCAUCUUCUGCUAAAUACUACUGGAAUAUCUGGAAUACUACUUAAAAUUAGUAUAAAACAUUAAAAAAUGUUACUUAGCAUCGUAUAAGUAUCUCACAACAACUAUGAAGUGCUCUUGAUGUGUGUCACCCAUCUGUUUACAAAAAGAAGCUGCAAAUAUUCUAUUUAUAAAGUAGUUUAUGAUAAAAUGAAUGUGUUUUAUCCUAAAAAAUAUCAAUUUUAUUUGUAUGAGCUUUAAAAGUUUUGUUAGUUCUGCUCACAAGUACAUCUAGUUUUUUUUAAACCUUAUUUUAGUCUUUAUUCAGCAGUAAAAUGUUUGUCAGGUUUGAUCAGUUUAAAGCAUAGUAUAUGGGUAUUUAACAAAGACUGCGUAAACAUGUUUUAACACUUAUUGAUAUCAGUGUAAAUUCUACCUCAAUAUUAAAAAAGGUCAGAAAAAGUAUAUAUAGUUGUUUAUCAAUUUUGAAAUUUAAUAUAUUGAAAAAAUGAUAUAACAAGAGUAAAAUUAUAUAUAGUCUAAAAACCCAGGUCACACAGUUGAAAUCUCUCAACCUAAUUAUUGAAAAGAUUUUAAGAUUUUCAUUCUUGCUUGUCACAGAUUCUUAUAUUCCAUUUGCUCUUUAAACAUGAACUUAUUGUAUUUUUUUGUCUGUUUAGAAAACAUAUCUUCCUGUUUAACUUAUUUUAAAACUUUAUAUUGAUUUGUCUUAAAGUACAAUGUGAAGUUUGAAAGAGAUGAAAAAAUAGCAAUUUUGAUAUUAAUUUUCAUCUUUUUUGUUUCAGUCUUAUGAUACAGAAUUAUCUUUGUAUUUUUGUCUUUUUUUUGAAAUUUAUUAAUUGAUAUAAUUUCUUAAUUGUCUUAUCCUGACAUAAAUAAAAAUUACAUUUAAAUUUUAAUAAUCAAAAUCUGUUCGUUUAGACAAUAACUGGACUUUUUUUAAAACUAUUUUUCCCAAUAUAAUAAUAUCUGUAUCUUAAUAUUCCAUUCCAAUAUUUUAUAAUAAAAUAACAUUUGGGUAUAUAUGAUUGUAAGAAAGUAAUUGAAGAAGAAAAAAUCAUAUGUUGGUGCACUUGUUUUUUUGAUGUGGCCAUUUGAAAGUACCCCAUUUUUAUGAUUUUCCCAUUUUUGGGCUAUUAUCAUGAAAAAAAUCAGUUUCACAUUUAACUUUUUUCAAUACUUUCACUAAAGAUGAAGUGGACCAAUCUGAAUAAAUUGAACUUAAAAAACUAUAGGUAGGUGAUAAUAUAAGAAAGUUUUGUAAAAUUUUGUUGCUUUUUUGUCUUAAAUUGACCAUGCUGUAAAUUUUUUAAAUUUGGAAUUUUUCUCUUUAUUUAUUAGAACAAAAAGCAUAUUAUAUCAACUACUUUGUUAUGAAUGAUUGAAAAAUACAAAUCUAAGAAUUUUGAAAAGAAAAAAUUGAUAUGGGAUGUACAUAUUUUUGGUAAAAUCAUUUCUUUGUACACUUCACCCAUUUGCUCAACAUUUUGGCUGAUGACACUUGACUAGAUUGCUUAUAAAAAUUUUAUUACUGAAAAACUACUUAUUGUAAGUACACAAUUUUUUCACAUAGUUUUUAAAUAAUUUGAUGAUAAUAUUUUAAAAAUUCAUUUAUAUUUUCCACUUGUAUCACAUGUUUGGAUAUAAUUCCCGAACGAGAUUUCAGCGAGACUGAAACAUCAGAAGAAUACAUCCUUAAGACAGAUUAUUAUACUAGGUCAUGUGAUUACUGCCUUUUAUUUUUGCCAUUUGUGUUAUUAAUGCUACCUUUUAAUUAAUUAUGUAUAGAAACAAGUGAUAUUUAUUUGUUAUUAUUUAUGAUAUUCUAUCAUUAAAUUUAUAUCAAGAAA